GGAAGAUUAACCAAAACUCUCUGUGGACCAAACAGAACUGCCGAUUCCCCGCAACUUUAACCAACCAAAGAUUUGCUUUCUUGAUCGAAACGGAGUACCGCAGGGCUUCAGCUUCUUUGCGCUAUUGUCAUUUUGAUCUCCUGAUGAUCCUGUUCGAGUAUGCUUCCACAAAGCACCCCACUUCUAUACCGUAGUCAGUAAACUCGCAAGCUUGGCUUCAGUACCGUAGCAAGGUUAGCCAUGGCGGAUUUUACAGAGACUGUAUCUGAAGGCUUCAUGAUGGAUCCUACUAAUGCUACUGGAGGGCUCGACAUGAAUGAAACUGAAUCACAAGACUCGACCGUGUUCGCCACAGAUUUUACAGAGUAUUAUCUCCCCCAAAUUGCGGCUCUAUCCAGCAUGUUGUGUAGUGGGUUAAUCAUUGCCGAAGUGCGGGAGGACGGCCGACAGGGAGCUGCCCAAUCUACUACUUUCAUAGCUGUUGGUGCUGUGUCUCAAAUCUUGUUGUCGAUGAGUGCUGGGGAUAUGCUCUUUUCAUUAGGCUGGUUCUUGGCUUCUUGGGCACAUUUUGGUGGGAGCUGCAUCUUUCAGGGCUUAAUAAUUCAACUGGGAUACAUGGCAUCCUUGCUCUUUAGUAGUUCUCUGGCUGUGGUCUAUCUACUCAUGAUCGAGUGCAAUUGGGAUCAAGGCAGGAUUCAAGCCAGAAUCCCCUACAUGAUGCUCAUCUUGUGGAGUAUCUGCCUGGCCUCAGCCCUGGUCCCCUUGGCAUUGCAUAGGUACCGGUACCAACCCGUUGGCCCAGUCUGCUGGAUUGGUUCCCCCAAUCCGAAGGAUGCCACCUUUAUCGUUGCCGCCCUCCAGCUGAUACCCGUUUGGUCAUGUAUCUUUCUGGAUUCUGUGAUUAUGUUUCUCAUUUUUCGAAAGGCAAGACUACUUGAAGCCCAAGUGGAUAAUGUUGAUCAAUACCAAGAAAGUCUCGAUUCACACACAAACACAGAAAAAGACGAUUCAGCAAUGACAGUCAACCGAAUUGAUACACCUUCUCGCCCAAAUUCGAAUGCAGAAUGUUUGAGAGGAAGCGAAAGGUUGAGGGAAAGUGAGAGCAAUCAUGAAGUGUUGAGCCAUGGCAAGAACACCCCCUGUGAUCCGCAUAGAGGAAGCGAGGGGUAUUGGGACAAUUUGAGCCGUCAUGAAGUGUUGUGCUUUGUAGAAUUCAUCCGCAGGGAAGCAGUUCCCACAGUAUUCCCCUACCAAGCUGAAGCUGGUGGAGAUGGGACGAAUGUCUGUAAAAGCAUGUUGCUCAGCAGCAUCCUAUCAAUUAUAUCCAACACUUCUAGAGCCCAUGAUCCCCGAGAAGAUCAGCUCGAUCCUGUUGAAGAUUCUAUGAUUCAACAAGAAGAGCAAGUAACAGUCCAGUCAGAGGAACAGCAGCCAGAAACAACCAUCACUACAGAGCUACAGCAAGAAGGAAGUUUGACCUGCAACCAAAAUGACAACACCAUCCACCACAUUGAACCAUCCACUAUUAUUGACAGCGCCCCCACUGCUGAAUGCUCUGCUGAUUCUACCCCCAACAGCAACAGGCCUCGAUCACACAAGCGAUCCCAAAUUAUCGCCCAACAAGGCAUGUGGUACAUUGCUGGAUUUUUGAUGACAUAUGGAUUUGCCACAAUUUCCAUUCUUGUUUUUGUUAUUUCUGGAGAAUGGAAUCCCCCCCUGGAUCGUACCAGCUAUUUCUUUUUGGCCAGUCAGGCUGUCUUCAACUUUUUGGUCUUUAGCCAUGGGCGACGACAAAUGAAGACAUGGGUGGGGGCUACGCUCAAGAGUUGGAUAUGGAAUGGUGCAGCAUAUUGCCAUCGUUGCUGGUGUCUAUGUCCCACCCCUGCAAAAGUGCCAAUCUCUGAACUGGAAGAAGCUUCCAUAGAGGAGUUGGAGAGGCCCGUUUGGGAAGCCAGCGAAAUAUCUGUUUAAGAGGAGGCGUAGACCGCAGCAGUGGUUUUUGCAAGAGCGCUGAGUGUAACAGCUCAAGUCCACGAUGGGCUAGCUAGAGCUUGCUCAUAUCCUCAUCUGUGCGCCACUCCUUGCAGCUGCCAAUGUCGUACUAUCCAAGCAAUGACUUUCCUGGGGAUUGGUUUUGGUUCCUUUGCUUGCGUGGUGAUGGACAGCUCUCUACACAAUGGAGGCAUUGUUAGAUUGACAAGCAAUCACCACCACCAAUAUCCACGGCAGAAGAAUCAAACAGCUCUUGCUCGAGAGACGAGGACGUCGUCAGUCCAGCUAUGGAGACCAUGGAUAGAGUACCACCACUGCAGAUCCGGGAUGAAUUGACAGAAAUUCAAGGGAGCACUUCUUUUACCCCCAUUAGAGUUCCCUCCUUGCCAAGUGCCCUGCACCCAAUCGUGUACAUGUAGCAAGAAUCGUAGUAUGCCGCCAACAGGGCAAAAGCUUUUUGUGUCGUUUGAUUGCUUGUUUACUAGC